GUAUUCCCAGCGAGCCGUGUAAUCCGAAGAGGAUGGGGAAUGCACGUUUGUUGUUGCUCGCUCUUCCACAGUCGUUUCCCCUCUUUUCGUCACCGACACGAAACUGAAACUGUGAGGAAAAGUUUCCUCUUUCUGCCCUUUCCCCUUCUGCUACAUCGAUCGCGUUCAAGAACCCUAAUCGUCCCCGUUCUCUCUUCCUUCCGAUCCUAAUUCGAUCUACAAAUAGCUUCGUCUCGGUCUCAGAUCUCGUUCUCCUCUGCCAAUUUAGGUUUCGAUCCGCUUCCUCACCGAGAUCUAGGAUUUCUUAUGCACCACCUCUUCCGUCCCGCAACCCACCCGAUCCCUAACCUAUGUCGAAGAGCGACGAUGCCGCCGGCGUCGAGUUCCGCGACGUCUGGGCCGACAACCUCGAAGCCGAGUUCGCCGUGAUCCGCGAGGUCGUCGACGACUUCCCUUUCGUUGCCAUGGACACCGAGUUUCCGGGCGUCGCCAUCCGCCCCCUCGGCGACUUCAAGACCGUCGCCGACAGCAACUACCACAUCCUCCGCGCCAACGUCGACCUCCUCCACCUCAUCCAGCUAGGCCUCACCUUCUCCGACGCCGAAGGUAACCUCCCGGCCUCCGCCACCGGCGGCCGCCCCAUCGUGUGGCAGUUCAACUUCAGGGAGUUCGACGUUGACCGUGACAUCAGCAACCCCGACUCCAUCGACCUCCUCAGGAAGUCCGACAUCGAUUUCAAGAGGAAUCGGGAGCACGGGGUGGAUGCCAACCGGUUCGCCGAGCUCCUCAUGGCGUCCGGCGUUGUCCUCAAUGAUUCCGUCCGCUGGGUGACCUUCCAUUGUGCUUACGACUUCGGGUACCUUCUAAAAAUCCUAACUUGCCGUAGGCUUCCUGAGACCCGAGAGGGGUUCUCGGAGCUCAUCAGGACGUUCUUCCCGGUCAUGUACGACAUCAAGCACCUGAUGAGGUUCUCAAACAGCCUCCACGGGGGGCUCAACAAGCUAGCCGAGCAGUUGGAGGUCGACAGGGUGGGGACUUGCCACCAGGCUGGGUCAGAUAGCUUGCUUACUGCUCGGGCAUUUAGGAAGCUGAUGGAGAAGCACUUUGAUGGAUCAAUUGACCGAUAUGCUGGGGUUAUGUAUGGUCUCGAUAUCGAAUAAGGAUCGAAGUCUCUAAUGAAUUCGACAAAGGAAAAAUAAAAAACUUUGUUUGAUAUGCGUUCGUGUUUUCUUGCCUAUCGUUUUUACUCUAUAUAUCAUCCUCACCAUCAUCAUCAUCA